AGUGGAAAUAACAAAAAGAAGGGCAGUGAGUGACGUAUAUGUUUGGAAGACAGCCCAGCACCACCACAGUUUCACUCACCCAAAUAUUUUUUUUCCCUAACCCCCCUUUUCUCCUUCUCGUCUCGAUGGAGGAGAAACGCCGCGACGCCGCUCCCUCCGCCGCCGAUUCGCCGGCAUCAGAGCCCGCAACCUCUCGCCGCCGCGCCGGAGCCAACAAGAGGAAGUCCGGCGCCCUCAGCGCCUCCGGUUCCUCCUCCGCGCCCUCCAAACGCGCCUCUCGCGACAAGGCCUCACCGCUCCACCCUCCUCCCCUCCACAAUGGCCCCCUCACCAGGGCCCGCCAAACCCCCAACAACCUCGCCUCCGCCUCCUCUUCCGCCGGCGCUUCCGCUCCCGCCGCCGUCAAACGCUCUGAACGCGCCCACCCUUCCGCCGCCGAGUCCGCCGCGCUCGCUGAGCAGCUCAAGAAGGAGAGCGAGUGGGAGACUCUCGAGGCCGCGAUUGAAGCCGAAUUCGAAGCUAUCAGAUCUCGCGGUGCCAAUGCUCACGUGGUUCCCACUCACAGCGGUUGGUUUUCAUGGUCAUGUAUUCAUCCAAUUGAGAAGCAAAUGUUGCCUUCUUUCUUUAAUAGCAAGACUGAUAAUCGGACUCCUGAUGUAUACAUGGAGAUAAGGAAUUGGAUAAUGAAGAAGUUUCAUUCAAAUCCAAACGUACAAAUUGAAUUGAAAGAUAUGUCACAGCUUAAUGUUGGAGACUCAGAUGCUAGGCAAGAGGUAAUGGAGUUUUUGGACUAUUGGGGUUUAAUUAACUUCCACCCAUUCCCUUCAAUGGAUUCUGCUAUGGCCACUGGCAGUGAUGAUGGAGAAGCUGAAAAGAAUUCAUUGCUUGAAAAAUUGUAUCACUUUGAAACUCUCCAAUUAUGUCCACCUGUUCAAAGGUCUAGCCAAAUGACUCCAGCUACUACCUCUGGCUUGUUUCCGGAGUCUACAAUUGCUGAAGAGUUGGUGAAACAAGAGGGGCCAGCAGUUGAGAUGCUUGAGUACCAUUGCAACUCUUGUUCUGCUGAUUGUUCUCGCAAACGUUACCAUUGCCAGAAGCAGGCAGAUUUUGAUCUAUGUACCGACUGCUUUAGUAAUAGAAGAUUUGGCUCUGGCAUGUCUUCGUUGGAUUUUAUACUCAUGGAACCAGCUGAAGUUGCAGGGGUUAAUGGUGGAAAGUGGACUGAUCAAGAGACUCUUCUGCUCCUUGAAGCAUUAGAACUUUAUAAAGAAAAUUGGAAUGAAAUUGCAGAACAUGUUGGAACAAAAACAAAAGCUCAGUGCAUAUUACACUUUGUUCAAAUGCCAAUUGAGGAUACCUUUGUUGACUGUGAUGAUGAUGUUGUUGCUGUUUGCAAAGAAACUGUGGAUCCAGUUGCAACAAACAAUGACUCAUCUAUGGACAAGGAUGCUUCAGAAUGUAUUGAGAAUGAUACUAGUGAUGGCAUCAAAGACAAUGAUAAAACUUCCAAGGCUGAAGAUCUUGAAGUGAAAGUGAAUCAGGAGGAGACUACAAAGUUACAAGAAGGCAGUGAUGAGAAAUCUACCGAGGGAACUUCUAAAUCAGAAGAUGCUGUUAAGGUAAAGAUUGAUCAAGAAGCAGGCAAUGACUGUGCUAUAAAUGCUCUUAAGGAAGCAUUUGCAGCUGUUGGUUAUUCUCCUGGACCUGAAGGCCCUUCUUCAUUUGCUGAAGUGGGUAAUCCUGUCAUGGCACUGGCAACUUUCCUUGCACACUUGGUGGGUUCUGAUGUGGCUGUUGCUUCAGCUCAUAGCUCCAUAAAAUCCAUGUCAAGAAAUUCACCUGGCACCGAGCUUGCGGCAAGGUGUUGCUUUCUUUUAAAAGAUCCCCCAGAUAAUGAGAAGGAACCGACUAAUUCUGAAAGGGAUUCUAAAAGUGAGGGAGAUCAGGAUGAAGUAAAUGUAAAACAGGAUAAACCAACAUUGGAGGAUAAAGAUUUACCGAAUGAUCACAGUAAUACAAAAAUUGAAACUAAUGCUUUAGAAGUCAAGGGACAGCCGGCUUCUACAGAUGAUGGAGCCUUGGAAAAACCCAUUUCUUCAAAGGAGCAAGCAGUGAGUAAUCAUGAAGGUGGGCUUGACAAUGGUAAUGAUCCCAACAAUGCAAAGCUACCCAAUGAUCAAGCACCAGCCACUCUGCAUAAUUCAGGUGGUUCAACAUCCAAGGCUGAAAUUCCACUUUGUUCUGACAAGGCUCAGGAGGAAACUUUAAUUGAAGAAUCUUGCCCUUCUGUAAAAGACAAACAUGUGUCUGAUUCUCUUCUAUCAGACACAUCAAAAGAUGCUGAAAUGGUUUCUAAUUCUAUUCCCUCAACUAAGAGCAAGCCUCAAAAUCCAGAGCCUACAAAUCCAGCUUGUGAAUCUCUAGAAACAACGGACUCAGUAAUGGAUGUUGAUGGAGUUUCUAAUUCCUUGCCAUCGGAAAAGAUUGACUCUCAGCCACUAAUUACGUCAAAAUCAUCCCAAUGUAAUGGGACAGAAAAGGAUGUAGAUAUGAUGUCACCUUCAAAUCCUGUUGUAUCAAAUUCUGGUGCUGAAAAUGGUCCAAAUACAGGGGCAGGUAAAGAUCAUGCAGAUAAUGGAGCAAAAGUGGAAGAUGAUGGUACUGAGACUAAACAGGAUAGCAGUUUUGAGAAAGUGAAACGUGCUGCAGUUUCUACACUUGCUGCAGCAGCAGCAAAAGCCAAACUUCUAGCAAAUCAGGAAGAAGACCAAAUUCGACAGCUUACUUCCUUGUUGAUAGAAAAGCAGUUGCACAAGUUGGAAACAAAGUUGGCUUUUUUCAAUGAUGUGGAGAAUGUGGUGAUGAGGGCAAGGGAGCAUGUAGAGCGAUCACGGCAUAAGCUUUAUCAUGAGCGUGCUUUGAUAAUUGCAUCACGGCUUGGUAUACCACCUUCCUCAUCUAGAGGUGUACCACCAUCUAUAACUACCAAUAGAAUUCCAACAAAUAUUGCAAACUCACUCCCAAGACCACAAAUGAUGAUGAAUCCACCAAGGCCACUGAUUUCUAGACCUGCAGGCACUGUAGCAACUACUCUUCAAAACCCAUUAGUAUCUUCAACUGCAGCAGGAAAUUCAGUUCGGCCAUCUAACCAGGAAAAGCUUUCUUCUGUUGGGACAAAAUAAAUGUUGAGUACAUAUGGAAAAGAAGUUCAUGUCUUCAUACUUACUGAUCUCGCUCGCCAUCAUUUUGACAAUGUGAGUAUGCAUUCUCAUUUUAUUGGGGACUUUCUUUUAGUUGAGGUCAAGAUAGGAUAUUUCUUAUAGUACCUCAGUUGAAUAUUAUUAGACUAGUUUAUUCAAUGACUGGUAUUUUUAGACAAAGUAAAUAGAGAGGAAAUUGCGUAAAAAGAUAAGAAUUAGGAAAUGCUAAAGAAGCAGAAGAAACAUAUGGAGUUCAACUUGAGAAUAUUUAGCAAGUUCGUGUAGAUGAAAACUUUAAAUAUUUCAACUUGAGAAAGAAUGACAGUCCAUUUCCCAUGAUUGAAAUGAUGAUUUUGUUUGUACUUUGACCUUAUUUUUUUAACUGGUUUUUGCUUUUUCUGAUAUUGGGAUUUGGGAAUUUGUCACCGGUCCUUUUUUUCUCAUUUUGCCCAACAUGUAUUUGAUCAAGUAUGUGGGAGAACUGAAUUGAAUAGCAACAAAUUACUUUUUUUAUGUAUAGAAUCAGUACUUGGUCCGUUCUUAUUUUUCCGAUUGUAUUAUGCACGUUUUUAUUGGAAAUACACAUGCUUUAGAGAGGGGUUGACCCCUUUGUGCAAAGGAA